CAUCGAGUCCCGAUAAGUGCACAAACUUAAGACUUAAGGGAAAUGCUGACUGUUUGACUGAACGAAAAACACACAAAUAUCUAGAUGACAGUUUCCUUGAACGCAGUCUCACUUUUUUCAUCUGGUUGACGAAAAAUAACCUCGGUUGAGUUCCAAAAAGACUUUGGGGUGAAGAUAGAUGAAGAAUUUGCCAAUAUUUACCCAUUAUGGUUCACGGCCGCCGAGUCAACAACUUGUUCGAAAGUGCCUUGGCGAUAACGCGAGUCCCGAACCCCAUAACGAAGAGUCGAUUUACGUUCUGUUUAAUUCACAGUCCUUUAUUCGUUUCAAUCAGAAGGCUCGUACUUUGUAGCGAGGCAACGACGUGUUGGUUUUCGCGGGUAGGUUCGAGUUUUGUCCCGGCUUAAAUAAAACAAACCUAGCUAAAAAAACAAACAAACAAUUAGCCCCGUUGCGUGUUGAUGACGUCACUCGGGGAGUCUUGUCGGUGAACUCGACUCAUUUUUUUUCUUGCCCCUUUUUGGGUCAAGUGUUACUCUAUGAUAAAGCACGCGGCCCGGAUGACACAGAGAACGAGGAAGGUCCACUCCCACCCCCCCUCACCCUCUCUGUUGGAGCAUGGCUCAAGAGACCAAUCAGACCCAGGUGCCAAUGCUUUGCACGAUGGGAUGCGGUUUCUACGGUAACCCCCGCAACAACGGCAUGUGCUCGGUCUGCUACAAGGAACACCUACAGAGACAACAGGGAGGGGGGAGAUCCAGUCCCCCGGGGGAGAAAGCCGCAACAUCGCCGUCGGGGAUGCCGGGGCCCGCUGAUGUGGUUCCAGAGAGCGCAGCGCCCGGCAUGGAGGCGGCAGGGCGGACUUCACCCGACGAACCAACAUCCAGUGUCAGUCCUGGCUCUGCCAGUCCAGUCACUCAACAGAUGACGGCCAUGAGCAUCUCCCAGGACUCGGCGGCCGUCGACUCGGAUCGAGCCGAGGCUGACGAUGCCGAAGAGGAGGAAUCGUCCGGCACCUCGGAGCCAGCGGGAGAAGCCGCGCAAACCUCUGAUGGCGAGCAGACUCCUGAUAAGAACAAGAAAAAGAACCGCUGUUUUUCUUGCCGGAAGAAAGUUGGACUCACCGGUUUCGACUGCCGCUGCGGCAACCUCUUCUGUGCCAUCCACCGUUACUCCGACAAACAUGACUGUCCCUACGAUUACCGGAGCGCCGCCGCCGCCCGCAUACGCAAGGAGAACCCCAUCGUGGUGGCCGAGAAAAUCCAAAAGUUAUGAAGACUCGACGACGACCACCACCACCACCGCGAUGACGACGACGACACGCGCCACGCCUCUCGCUUGACAAUUGACAACAACGGUGACACCCGAUAUCACGGCUUCGUUCGUUCACGGCGAUUUUAAAAGCCGGGCGAGGGCGGGGGCCAGGCACUCGCAGCCACUGUUCAGACACUUUCCCCCCCUUACUAGCAUCUCCACUAGUGACUUGAGUCUUUUCUCGAUGAUUGUGUUUGUAUGCGAGUGUGUGCGUGUGUGGGAGAAGAGCAGCAGGGGCUCGGACAUGCUGCGGGGGACGGGAGGCGUUUAAAUUUCCUUGUUGUUGUUGUCGUCGGGGCGGGGCGGGGGGCGGGGGUGUCUUUAAUUUCUCAUCCCAUCCUUGUGAAAAAAAGAAGAACGGAUCAUGAGGUGGAUCGGCCACCAACCAGGGAGCUCAGCGAGACCUUGUUAAGGGCUUCGGAUUCUCUUCACUCGUAGAAAUGAUGUCAACUUCUCCGAUCAUUUUUUUUUAACCCCCCCCCCCCCCCCCCCCUCCAGCUUCACCGCCCUCUCCCGACCUUCUCAAUCACCACACUUUGGACUUUCCCAGCAUUUUCCAGCAGCGUCUCUCUUUGAUAUCUUGACUUGUAUUGGGUGCAUGAACGGGGAGGGCGGGGCUAACUUGACAUAACCGAGUGAUUGAAUAUGUUUUUUUUUUCUGUUUUAAUGAGCGUAUGACUUCAAAAGAUCUAUAUUAAUAUAUUGUAGUUAGCUUGUAUGAUUGCAUUCUAUUUAUUUUUUAUCAGUCUGGUGGGCCCGCCGGUGGAUGGGCAGCAUGUGUCGGGCAAAUCGUGCGCGAUUUGCACUCAUCUUGAUUAUUCAGUUUGUAGAACGGGAGGGGGCGGGGGCGCGGGGGGGGGCAGAUCUGACCAGUAAAGGCAAAACAAAAAACAAAAAAAAAAGUCAUUUGGGAUGGACUGAGCCUCUUUCACACAAAGCCCAAAAAUUUGUUCUCAACUCACGCCAAGUCGUUCAACUUAACACAAAAUCAAUUUUCGUUUUGUCUUCAUCUGCAACAUAGACAGCUGCGAUUACAAAAGUUCUCAAGCACUAACAGAACAUUCGGGAUGUUUGGCUUUUGGGACUUUCAGGAUCUUGAAAUUGCCUGAACCCGUAGAGGUGAACUUCCGCCUUGAGCUCAGCUUUUUUUUUGUCCAGCCGGCGGUUCUUCAAACAAGGAGCCGAAUGGCAAAAAUUGACAACCAUGAACACUUUGAAGGGCGACGACUUGCAUUCCUCACCCGUGAUUCUACUUUCAAGCGACAGCUACGGGGGGACUGGAAGUGUCACAGAAAGGCAUAGACGUGGACAUCCUUGGAAAGCUUCACGUCUUUGUUCAUUUUGCCGUUUAGUUUCUUGUUAGAGAACAGCAAAAAAAAAACAAAAACGUUGCAUUAACUCAAUUUAACCUGGGGAUGCAGAUUAUUUGAAUUGAUUAAUCUCUUAAUUAAUUAAUCUAAUCUUUUUUAACUCGAUGAAUGCAAUAUAAUAAUUUAAAUUAUUUUACUCGCAACUUGAAUUUUAUUUCAAAUUAAAAGCAAAAAUUUGACACACAUAAAUGGAUUGUGAUACAGUUACCGUUUGGUCCGUAACAACUCAGAAAAUGAGCAGACAUGACGUUUUUCGAAAGUAGAGGCUGAUAUUUGCAAAUGUUUUGUUCAUCCUGCUUUCAUGGAGAACUACAGGAAUUUGAGCAUAUUUAAUGUUUAGAAGCUGAAAAUCGGAAGAUUUGGCCUUUUUUUUGUGUGUGUGUGAAUUGAUGGCUCCGAACAAUGGAUUCAUCAGAAAGUUAUCAAUUCAUUGCUGCAUUUACAAAUUGAAAAUUCUGCCGACUAAAGUUCAGCUGUUGUAGUAAGAGAAAAAUAUUGCCACCACGUAAGAUUCAGCUAAAGUCAAAAACAUUGAUGGGAAAGGGUCGACGACAUAUUUUCAUGGAGUGAAAAGGACCGAAAGAAACUGCUUUGUUUUGUUCAGCAUCUGGGGCUUCUUUUCACUUGAAUUCUUAAAAGUCCUUAAAAAAUUUCAAGCCACUGGGUGAAGCACCAGCACACCACUGACACGCUGAAUGAAAACCGACCCGACUUACAAAAACAAAAGUGCUACAAAUGGGCAAAACUCACAAAACGUUAGCGACAGACUUUCAGAUGAACAUUUCAUAAGAAUCUAAAAUAUUUUUUUGUGCUCUUACUCUGAAAUUUUUUCCAUUCAAGCUCCUCGCCAGAGAACACCAACAUGUCCAAAAAAAGCAAUGCGGCAUUGAACAGUUGGCGAUGUCGAAAAUUCCAUUUUAAAAUCACCUCCAUAGGUUCUAGCGCAUUUACAGUUCAUCUGGACCCACCCCCCCCCACCCCCCUUCCCAACCCCACCAAAAGCCUAACAUGCCAAACGUUUUGUGAAUCGUGUCUGUGUGUGCUUGUAAGCCCAAAUCGACCCACUGCAACUGCUUCUCGAGAGCCAGAAACAAUAAUGAGAAUAUGCACGUGUGCUGCCUAACCUAUUUUCCGUUACAGUUUUGUCGCCACAAUGCCUAGCUUGCAAACCGGAGGUCCAAUUGAACAAGUGCACCCCCCCCCCCACCACCACCACCACCACCCUUCCUAAAUGUAAAUACAAUAUGACUCAUGUUCAUGUAAUUGCCGGACAGAAAAAGAUGUGAGGGUUCAAGGACUAGUGCAUUUAAGUGCUUUGCAAAAUAAUCCAGUUCCAAGGAUUUUUCUCCUGCAGGCCGCGCCGUAUUCGUAGUAUGACACCGUAUCCUCCAUCCAGGCUUUUAUUUUUUAUUCCAUUUGUAGCAUAGUGCUGUUACUGCCGUUUGAAGAGAUGGAAAAAGUGAUUUUCUUUUUUUACUUGGGGGGGGGGGUGCAGUUCUUCUACGCUAAAUAACAUUUAAGGGACCAGCGCAAUCUGCUAUUGUUGGAUGACAGGCCUUUUGUUAGCAAUCCCAAGCAAAGUGUCAUGUCGACAUUUGGAUUCCUCUCGAGGUCAAAGUUAAGAUUUAGGUAGCGCUUUCAACCGUGGUGGAUGAUUUCUCUUUUCUUUUUUUUUUCUCCCAAAUAAAGAGUCGAUUGAAUGUAAACCCAACACAAUUUGUACCUGAAUCACUCUUAAGCGCUGAUAUUGACUGUUGGGAGCAGGGAAUGGAGGCCGAAGGGGAGUGACUGUUAGCUACCUAAUCUGAAUAUCCUCCCUUAGUUGAUUUACAAUUCUGUCCUCAACGCGAGAACUGAAGACGAGUUCAUUUAUUUUAUCCGAUGGGAAAAGAGCUGAACUCAUGGACGUGAAUGGAAAUGUCCCCCAGAGUGCUCAUUGUUCUUUGUCCCUUUUGGCACUCCAGCCAGAGCGCUCCCCCUCCCCUC